GAAAUAUGACGCAACGUGGGCAAACAAGGAAAUGAAACCGAUGUAAGUGAAGCUUUCGGUUUAUGUACCAUGAGCCAGAGUUUUACCAGAUACAGGUAUGGGUGACUUUCUGGUUUUGAUUGGCGUCGGGUCCAGCUUCGCCUUCUCUGGACUGUUCUAUCAUUUAUAUCAAGAAAAGACAAAAGAGUUGAAAAAGCUGAAGGAAAUACCCAUCUUCAAACCGGAUCAACAUUUGGUCAGAGUACUGAAAGCAUCUCCCCACAAGAGACUUCAGUAUGUUGCUGUAGAAGGGUUGGUCCAGGCGGAUGGAGAGCCUCUGGCCAGCCAGUUUGUCCCACGAUGCUUUGGUGUGAUUCAGAAGAUAGCAGUGGAGGAGCACUGGAAGUACUGGAACUCCCUCAGCAAGACCUGGAAUUCUCGGACAAUGAACAGAAAAGAAACCAACAACGCAGUUCCUUUCAGUCUGGUCAGUCCUGGAGCCUACUUCACUGACUUGUAUGUGAAGGUCCAAAACCCUCUGGAGGCCUCUGGGUGCUAUCUCGAGAGGGUUUAUUUCAAAGUAAGACGUGCUGAGGAGGGCUUAAUUAAUGUGGUGGUGCAGGGCUUCAGUGGGGAGAAACCUGUGGCGAUGGAGGAGAGCGAGGAGCUUCUGCGGGUGGGGAGCACCCUGACUGGUUUUGGUGAGGUGGUGCUGGAGGGAGGUCAGGUGAUGAGGCUGCAGGCCCCGCAGGACGGCCGCAAGUAUAUCCUGGUACCCACUGACUACAGGAGCUUCUUGGACAGGCACGAGAGAACAGCCAGCAUGUGGAAGGCGCUCACAGCCUUUACUGGCAUCACAGGGGUUUGUCUUCUAGCCGGCGUCAUUCGUGGCAUGAUGGGAAAACAGGAUGACAGGUCAAAGUAGGCUGGGACACUGCAGGUGUAACCGCUUAAAAAUCUGUGUCACUGCUUUUUGGGGUGUCCCAAUGCCAUUGAUCAUCCUGAUGCUAAGAUAAUUCUGUUAUUUGUUUCAUUGCUGACAGAUAUUUUCUGCUGUCAGGGGCAAAACAGCAAAAACAACAUUGGACGAAAUAUAUUAGAAAAAUAGAAAGCGCAAACACAAAACAAAUUAACAAAACAGGAAACACAACAUUUAAAAAAACUGGACAGGUAGCGACGAUUCUUUUUUUGGAAUCAGACAGAACCUGAGUAAAUUAUGUAUUUCCCAAACUGUUGUGUUUACUGAAAUGUUAUUGUGUUUUUGUUUUAUUGUGUUUUCCGAAAUGUUUGGGUUUUUUUGGCAUUAAUUGUUUAAUCCAAUGUUGUGAUUUUUUGCGCAUCUGGGCCACCAUACCUAACGGACCACUUAAGAGUUUUAUCCAUUUGUCAAAAACUCUAGCAUCCUGUAGAAGUUCUCUAUAAAUCCUCCACCUGAUGAUGCGAGCACAUGCUGAGUGUGGCAGUUCAGUCUGAUGAAGACAAUCCUGAGGGUUUUCAGGCCUAAAAGAGUAGAGUUUGGGGGGAUGAAUGGAGCCUUGCUACAAGAUAAAUUCCUUGCAUUUAAAAUUUUCUCUGCAGUCAUGGGCCAUUAGUAUUAUUAGUAGUAGGCUAUGCAACAAGUGAUGAAACAACUGAGGAAUGUGCAUUUAAUGCAGAUAGUAGACAUUAUAAGACUUGUGUGAAAGAUUUUAAAAUUAAAAGCUGCCUUAUCAAGGGAACAUUUUAUUUUUCUAAUGAAGUUGUAUUUUUUUAUAACUUGAGAUGAAAUCAUUGAGUUACUUGCUGUGAACCAGAUCAACAAGAUUACUGUGAUUUCAUUGUCAGUCUCUAGUCAUCACGUCCAGACAGAAUUUUAAGGUGAUUUGUACUGUAUCAAUUAAGAUAAUCUUCUACCUCUUAGAUCAUUGGGUGUUAUUGUAUUGUUUUAUCCAGUUAAUGUUGUUUUAGAAGGGGAAAAAAAGGGCACUAAAUACUGUUGUAAACAAUCUUCUUUAAAAGGUGAUGGGUUUAGUCUUAUUAAAGUGAGACAUUUUGUGUCCUGGCCAAUAAAGUGAUACCAAUGAUAAUUCAACACA